CUCCAGGAUUCGGGCUCGAGCCUUGUUCACAACCAUCCGGCAAAACUCGCCAUUGAACUUGCCGGGCCGAUAUCGUGCUCCGAAAACUAGACGCCGCCGAACGAGAAGCGGCAAAGGCAGGCCCGAGCGAGAGCGGAGUUGAUGCCACCGCAUGGGAGAGAACAGACUUGGCACCCGACGUUAGCGAAGCGGCCCCGCACUCCACGGAUGAACCUCUAACGGUUACCAACCACCGAAAACGGUCGACCAUGGAGGACGGCUACUAUGACGAUGCUGAGGAACCCUACACCGUGCCGACCGCGCCCGCCUUUGCUCUCACGCCCUUGAACCCUGCCGCGCGGAAAGUGGUCGGCCAUGCCAACAACAGCCACCUGCGCUGCCAGUCCCACGAUACCAUUGGUCUGUGGGUAGACCUCUCGGAUCCCGAUAAGAUCUUCACCCUCGGGCGAAGAGAUACCGACAUACACUUGCCAGACAAGACGUCAAGCAGUAAAGGCUCGCCUUGCAUCUCAGACCUCCACGCCUCGUUCCAGGUAGUGCUCGAGACGGGCGCUGUCUUGCUGUUCGACCACUCGGGAAAUGGCACCGUCGAGCCACUGCCGCGCGACCAGCACUACACGGUCAAGUUCCGCUCCAACGCCAAAUCCGUUCUUGUCGCUCGAGGCAUCAACUCCCGCAUCGCCUUUGGCAAAGAUCAGUGGUACCAGUUCGAGAUCCAAUGGCACUCGGACGGGCUAUAUCGGUUCCCGAAGCACGAUCCAUACACCAUGGGCCCGAGAAACUCACGACACAAGAAGUACCUUCUCGGAGAGCAAGUGGGUGCGGGCUCGUACGGUACUGUGUGGUGGGCAUUAGAUGCCACGAAUGGGAAGAUCAUAGCGGUCAAAAGGUUCCAUAAGCUAGCCGGGAAGAAUCUCGAGUUUGCGACCAGAGAGAUGACCAACCUGUUCAAGAUCAACAGAGACGACUCGAUAAAACACGAACACAUUCUGAAAAUCCUCGACUGCGCCGGCGGCGGGAAGGGUGACGACUGGGGCGAGAUCUUCAUGCCACUGAUGCAGGGUAAUCUGAAGACACUGGUCGAGAAGGCAGCCGUGCCGGACGAACGUCUGUCCGAUAUCGUCCUGCGACAGAUGCUCCUGGCCCUGCAGUGCAUCGCAGAGCACAAGAUCAUCCACCGCGACGUCAAGCCCGAAAACAUCCUCUGGGAGUACGACGAGACCGGCAACUAUCGAUUCUGCCUGGGCGACUUUGGCCUGUCGAAUGAUCCGAGCCUAGCGAGGACGGCGGCGGGCACCGAGCCCUUCAUGGCGCCCGAAGUCUUCCACCGGCAGAAGCAAACCACCAAGGUGGACAUCUGGUCGCUCUUCGCCACCAUCGUCUGGACGCGAACUCCCGAGUUCCGACGGCAAUGCUCGCAGCUGCACGCCCCCGACCUCCACGCGUGGCUUGUUCAGUUCUCGAAGCUGGAGCAGUACGCAAACAUACGGGGGAUGGCAAGCUGGGAACCCAAGAAGCGGCCGUCGGCAAAGAAGCAGCUUGCCAUCCUCGACGGCCAGGUGGAAGACUACAGGAGCACGGGAAGCUACGCGGGCAACAGCGAGGACGAGGCUGGCGAGGACCUAAACGCUCGGUUUGCCAACGGUCUGAGCCUACAGGACCCGCCCGGGUUGACGUACGCAUCCGGCAGCUCCGACGCAGUCACGUCGCCGGAGCUCGCCUACUACGAGCCCUAUGCCAGCGGGAUCUUGGAGGACUAUUAUGGCGCCCAGGCCGGGCCGAGCAAGAGAUACAUGCCGCCGUCUCCCAAUCCGGCGGAUGCUCCGAGACAAGGGGCAUGGGUCAUGCCCUACGAGCCUCCCUACGGGCCGCCCGACGGCUCCGAGGGCAGCGGGACGGCCGUGCCAGACACAUGGACGGCCACUGCUCCCACAGUCAACGGUGAUGACGAAUCGGCGGACGGUGAGCCGUCGGGAAGACAUAAAGGGAAGAGCAAGGUCUAAAACAUCCGCGUCCCUUGCAUUUAACGUUUAGCAUCUGUUUGCGCAUCCCAUCUCGACAGUCACGGCGAAGCAUCGGACUCUUCCUUUUCGCGCAUCUUUUAACGCUCGACUGUGUCUCUGGCGCAUCUCAGCUACGGCA